GCAAUUACUGUGGUAGUUGUGUUGCUACUUUUUGAUAUGUGGUUUAUAAAAAAAGAAAUAUCUUGUGUUUGUUAAAAAAGUCCAACUAUUUGUUUUUUUUUUUUUGUGUGAAUAUAUAUACAUACUUCGAACCAUGGCGUUAUAUUGCAAACGCUUUGCAGUACUAACAAACGUAGUUUUGAGCACUAUAUGCGUUCUUGGACAUUCGGAACAAGAUUGGACAGAAAUUGGAAAUGAUUUAUCAUUGAGGUGUACAUCCGAAAUGACAACUGCAUUAUGGAAUUUUAAUAAUAGGAGUAUAGAAACUAAUACGAGGUACACAAUAAGUGCGGAUAUGAUUAAAACCGAAGCGGAUUUCAACGAAACCAAUAACAGUUUAUAUGAUAACAUACUAAUAAUACAUAAUAUACAUUUUGCAGACGCCGGUAACUAUAAAUGCAAAAAUUCACAGCAAAGCAUUUUGGUUGAGUUCAAUGUACAGCCAUUUCUUCGGCCUAAAAUUAUUCAAAGUACCUCUGAUUAUAUCAAAAGGAAAAUUGGACAAAAUGUUAUUUUGUUCUGCCUAAUCGAAAUUUAUCCGCAAAAUGUGUCGUUUCAUAAUCAUCUAAAAUGGCUAAAGGACGGUACUCCCCUGGAAUUUCUUGAUAAUUUUUCUGGCAUUUCAAAAAUAAAUGAAACCGUUUUAAACUUUACAUUGGAAUUUACUGAGGUGUAUAAAAAAGAAAAUGGUACAUAUAAAUGUAAUGUAUAUGGAGAGACCAAAACAGAGGUUCUUUCUAAAGAAAUAUCAUUGUUUGUUAUGGAAGUACCCCAAAUACGUAUUGAUUUUGCAAAAGCGGUCGGCCGAAACAAAAUUUUUCUUAAUUGGACAGUAAAUGAUGGAAAUGACCCUGUUCAAAAAUAUUUUAUUCAAUACUCCCAAGAAGGAUCUCCAACUUUCAAAUAUUACAAAGACAUAAUAAACGGGAAAAAUACAUCAUAUAUUUUAGAUACGUUUCACCCAAACACUACAUAUUUCUUAAGAAUAACUGGAAAAAAUUCAAUUGGUGACGGAGUCCCAAACCAGUAUCCACUCGGAAUUACUACUUUAAAUUUUGACCCCAUUUUUGUACCAAAAGUGGAAACUACUGGUAGUACAGCGUCUACAAUAACUAUAGGCUGGAGUCCUCCACCGCAGCGACUAAUUGAAUUCAUACAAUAUUACGAAUUAGUAGUGUCUGAGUCUGGUGAUGUGCCAAAGUUAAUUGAAGAAGCUAUUUACCAACAAAACUCCAGAAACUUACCUUACAUGUUUGAUAACUUAAAAACGGCUACAGACUAUGAGUUUAAGGUACGGGCUUGCAGUGAUCUCACAAAAAUGUGUGGGCCAUGGUCAGAAGUAGUCAACGGAACUACAAUGGAUGGAGUUUCAACAAAACCAACGAACUUAACUGUUAACUGUAAUUAUCAUAACAAUUCACGGCUUAAUUCUAUUUCUAUAAAUUGGAAUGUUCCCAAAACACCAAAUGGAAAAAUCAUUUCUUAUUUAAUAACUUUAGAAGGAAAAUAUAAAUAUACACUUGAAAACACUGAACAUAAAGAAAGAUGGGGACCGAAAAUUCGAAGAGUUGAUGAACCGCAUCACAAAACAGUUUAUGACGGUUUAAGCCCAAACACAAAUUAUACAGUAGCAGUUUCCGCAAUUACACGUCAUAAGAAGAACGGGGAAUCUGCAGAAAGUAGUUGUUUUAUGCCCAUAUCUGUGCCAGAAAGUAUAGGCAGAACAAUGUGGACAAAAGUAAAAAACGGAUCAAAGUAUGUUUUAAAGUUGUAUUUACCAAAAAUAAGUGAGCGAAAUGGACCUAUAUGCUGCUACCGAUUAUACAUUAUAAAAAUUAAAAACGGGAUCAAAGAACUACCACCGCCAGAAAAAAUAAAUGUGGAUUUAUAUAAUCAAAAUGAGAAUGAAAAUUUUACACUAUAUAUAGCAGAAAUGAUUAGUAAGAAAUAUUUUAAGCGAGAAAUAUUUUUGGGUGAUAGUGCACGAUUUAUUGAGAGAAGUGAUGUCAUUUUGGAAAACGAUGAAAUAUGCCGCAAAUGUUUCGCUGCACCUGCAUUUGUUGCAAAACCAGAGAACCCAGUAAAAACAUCGAUGGAUGUGUUUUCAAAUCCUGAUUUGCCUAUAUCGUCACAAAAGGAGCAGUUAUUUAAGUCUGGAAAUUUAACCGAACAUGCAUUUAAAAUUUUAGAAAAUAAAGGAAGAGUACUGCGAAGUCCCACAGCUGCGGUCAUGAAAUCCAUUGCAAAUUUAAGUACGCAGAAUCAGUACUAUAAUCGAGAUACACAAGUAAAUGUUUGGGAUGGUGAAAUCGACAUUACCGCUAACUACACUGGUUUUUUAGAGAUAGUUGUUAGGGACAGAGACUCCGUUUUUAUGGCUUAUAGUGAUUACUUUGACAUAAUAACGCCAGCUACCGAAGCAGAACAAAUUCAUGAAUUGAGUAUGGACUAUUAUUUUAAUAUUUGGAUCAAAGUUGGUGGAAUAUUACUCGGAGGUGUUGUCGUUUUUUUAACGUUAUGGAUUUUUCAUCACCAUCAAGCAAAAAACACUGUGCCUGGUGAAGACACUGUAACACUACGAGAUUCAUUAAGGGUUCUUUUUGGACGACGAAGUAAUAAUCACAGUCACUUUAUUAGCUCUGGAAAUCACAAAGGAUUUGAUGUCGGCCCAAUUCAUAAAUUUGACCUAAUAAGUGCUUAUAAAAACCGUCACAAGGAUACAGACUACGGUUUUUUACGGGAGUACGAAAUGCUUCCUAAUAGGUUCAGUGAUCGAACUACUAAAAAUAGUGAUAUUAAAGAAAACUCAUCUAAGAACAGAUAUCCUGAUAUAAAAGCUUAUGACCAAACUCGAGUAAGGUUGUCUCCUAUUAACGGAGUUCAAUCUUCUGAUUAUAUAAAUGCAAAUUUUGUAAUUGGCUACAAGGAGAGAAAAAAAUUUAUUUGUGCACAGGGGCCAAUGGAAAGUACAAUCGAUGAUUUUUGGCGAAUGAUUUGGGAGCAACAUUUAGAAAUCAUUGUUAUGCUAACCAACCUAGAAGAAUAUAAUAAGGCAAAAUGUGCGAAAUAUUGGCCGGAAAAAGUUUUUGAUAGCAAGCAAUUCGGAGAUAUUAUAAUUAAAUUUACCCAAGAGCGAAAGACUGGUGAUUAUGUUGUGCGGUCAUUAAAUGUAUCAAAAGCAAAUCUUAUUGGGGAGGAGGAGGACCGUAGACAAAUAACUCAGUAUCACUAUCUAACCUGGAAAGACUUUAUGGCACCUGAGUAUCCACACGGCAUUAUAAAAUUUAUUCGCCAAAUAAACUCUGUCUACUCGCUUCAAAGAGGACCUAUUUUGGUACAUUGCAGUGCUGGUGUGGGCAGAACUGGCACACUCGUUGCGCUAGAUUCACUCAUUCAACAACUGGAAGAGGAAGAUGCUGUUUCAAUUUAUAAUACCGUUUGUGAUCUGCGACACCAGCGUAAUUUUUUGGUCCAAUCAUUGAAGCAAUAUAUUUUCCUUUAUCGUGCUCUAUUGGAUACUGCAACGUUUGGAAAUACAGAUAUAUCAAUUAAUGCCAUGCAGUCAACAAUUGAAUCCCUUAAAAGAAAGGCCAAUGAUGGCAAAUGCAAAUUGGAAAUCGAAUUUGAGAAACUGAUUGACACUACGGAUGAAAUUAAUAAAUCCUGUUCGGUGGGUGAACAUGAAGAUAAUAUUCCAAAAAAUCGAAACCCAGAUGUUUUACCAUACGACCGCAACAGAGUAAUAUUGAGUCCUUUGCCUAUGAGAGACAAUUCAACAUAUAUUAAUGCGUCCUUUAUUGAAGGAUAUGAAAAUACCGAAACAUUUAUAAUCGCACAAGAUCCCCUGGAUACUACUAUAAACGAUUUUUGGAGAAUGGUCUCAGAGCAGAGUAUCUCCACACUGGUGAUGAUAUCGGAGAUUGGAGACGGGUUACGCUGCCCACGUUACUGGGCAGAUGAUGAAAUUCAAUAUGAUCAUAUCCUUGUGAAAUAUGUCCAUAGCGAAAAUUGUCCUUAUUAUACACGUCGGGAAUUCUACGUUACAAACUGUAAAAUUGACGAUACUCUAAAAGUCACACAAUUUCAAUACAACGGUUGGCCAACUGUUGACGGAGAAGUUCCAGAAGUAUGCCGAGGUAUAAUAGAACUUGUGGAUCAGGCCUACAGUCAUUACAAAAGCCAGAAAAAUACUGGAUGCAGAUCUCCUCUUACGGUUCAUUGCAGCUUGGGCACUGAUCGAAGUUCGAUUUUUGUAGCAAUGUGCAUUUUGGUUCAGCAUUUACGAUUAGAGAAAAGUGUUGACAUAUGUUCAAUUACAAGAAAAUUACGAUCUCAGCGACAGGGACUUAUCAACUCAUACGCACAAUACGAGUUCCUACAUCGCGCCAUUAUUAACUAUUCAGAUCUGCAUCAUAUAACGGAUAACACAAUAGAUUAAGAAUCUAUGUAUGUACAUACAUUCGUAUGAAUGAACAUACAAUUUGCCUACGUUUAAUAUUAAGAAAAAAACAACUCAAAAAUUGUAUAGCUCUUAAAGUCUUAACAAAUAAUGAAUACAUAUGUAUCUACGGCAAAUAUAUGCAAGUGACUUUUUUGUUUUAA